AUGCUGGUAAUGUUCCAGAAUCUCAGAGUUUCCAACAGCUCUAAACUCCAGGUCUCUGAGUUCAUCCUGAUGGGAUUCCCAGGCAUUCACAGCUGGCAGCACUGGCUCUCCCUGCCCUUGGCUCUGCUCUACCUCUUAGCUCUCAGUGCCAACAUCCUCAUCCUGACCAUCAUCAACAAAGAGGCAGCACUGCACCAGCCUAUGUACCAUUUCCUGGGCAUCCUGGCUGUGGUGGACAUGGGCCUGGCUACCACCAUCAUGCCUAAGAUUUUGGCCAUCCUCUGGUUUAAUGCCAAAACCAUCAGUCUGCCUGAGUGCUUUGCUCAGAUGUAUGCCAUCCACUGUUUUGUGGCCAUGGAGUCAGGCAUUUUUGUGUGCAUGGCCAUAGAUAGAUAUGUAGCCAUUUGUCUACCACUGCGGUACCCAUCCAUAGUUACUGACUAUUUUGUCAUCAAAGCAACCAUUUUCAUGGCUCUCAGAAGCAGCCUGUCUCCCAUCUCAGUGCCUGUCUUGGCUGCUCAGAGACACUACUGCUCCCAGAAUCAAAUUGAGCACUGUCUUUGUUCUAACCUUGGUGUUACUAGCCUAGCCUGCGAUGACAGGAAAAUCAACAGUAUCAACCAGCUUUUUCUGGCCUGGACAAUCAUGGGAAGUGACCUGGGUUUGAUUAUUUUAUCAUAUGCUUUGAUCCUUCGCUCUGUGUUGAAGCUGAAGUCAGCAGAAGCUGCAUCUAAGGCUAUCAGUACCUGCAUAUCCCAUCUCAUCCUAAUCUUUUUCUUUUAUACUGUCGUCAUUGUCCUGUCCAUCACUCAUAGCGCAACAAUGACAGUUCCCCUUGUCCCAGUGCUACUCAACGUGCUACACAAUGUCAUUCCCCCUGCCCUCAAUCCCAUGGUGUAUGCACUCAAGAAUAAAGAGCUCAGGCAGGGCUUGUAUAAUGUACUUAGUCUGGACAGUAAAUGUCACUAA